AUGAUUGAUGACCGGUCAGAAAUGAGUUCGGCCGUGGACCCUCCCCUCGAUGCAACAAGAUGCUGGGCAUCGACCGAUUUGGCUUUCAAAAGCUCUCGGGCGGCGAUUCGCUUGGACUUGGCUCGAUCUUUGGCGCAGUGUAUUAUGCUGACUCCGGAAAAUAGCGAGAUCAGACAGCAAGAGAAAACGAUGGCUGCGAUGUUGCCUUUGCGAUUCCACUCGGCAAUUUCGGCACUCGUAGUACUUGUGGCGGAGGAGGUAGUGGUUGUCGUGGAGGAGCUGGACGUUGUUGUUGUCGAACUGCUAGAAGUCGUUGACGCUGAGGUGGUUGUCGACUGUGAAGAGGUUGACGAUAUUGAGCUGGAAGUUGUAGUUGAAGUGGAUGAUGUGGUGGUUGACGUUGAUGUUGAUGAUGAAGUCGUUGUAGAUGUGGUCGACGUGUCUGAAGAAGUCUUUGUGGUCGAGGUUUCCGAAGUCGUACUAUCGGCUGUCGUUGAUGAUGUUGAUUCAGAGGUCGUAGAUGUAUCACGGGCGACAAUGAUGAUCCGGUUGAUCCCGUCCCGUAUAUCAAAGACAUUCGGGUUUCCAUCGAGAGUAGAUGAUGGAAGCUCAUGUCUGACCGUGGCUGUUGCUUUUUCGAGUGAAGAGGCCGUUGGAGCUCCAUACGGCUGGCAUGCUGCCAAAGCCAAGUGUGACGCUAGGAGCAGGACGGCGGCCUUUUGA